AUGCCUAUUGAUUGUAAUGGAAUAAGAUUCAAGCAGGAAAAGUGUAUAGUGAAGCCGGCCGUCGAGCAUGCGCCUCAGGUGUUUAGCGGUCACAGGCUGGAAGAUGAGGCGCCUGACGCGGCGGCUGAGGGUGUGAACGAACACAGAGCGCGGGUGGACUCGAUGAGAACAGCAAAAGUCGACUCGACGGCUGUAAAGUGUACUGGAACGGCUGCAGCCAUCGAACAGAGCCCUCUUCUGACAUUUCCCCUGAGGGACGGUCUGGGAUAA